AGUAUAUGUUGUUUGAUGCUUGAUCAAUAAAAAGUGCAUUAAUGAGACCAAUUUGACUUAGUGUUGAACCGCCAGUGUUAAUUGUUUGAUUUGUCAUAGGUAUGAUAACGUUAGCCGAUGUAGCGGACGUUGUGUUUCCUGAGAAUUUGUAGAUACGAAUGCUAGAAUCACUGACAUAGAUAUUGUUAUAAGUAUCUAGUGCUACACCAUAUGGAUAUCCUGUGAGAUUGGAAACAAUCGUAUUUGCAUUUAUGUUGUAGAUGGCUUUUGAACAACUACCAAGUGAUGGUGUAACGGUUGCUAAAGUGGAAAAAUUUAGUGUAAGUUAAGAAAAAUAGAUAAACUUUGAUAAGUAGAAAUCAACGGAAUCAACCAUUUUCGGUAUUGGAACAUUUACCGGAGAACUCAUUAAUAAAUGUGAAAAAAGGUUUGUUAUAUCACUUUUGAGUCUGAUAUAAGCCCGUACACUGUCUUACAUAACUCCGAGCUUUCAUUUUAUUAGGGAGUGCUUGCUUUAUAAGUAUCUCGUAAAAACGUGCUUUUCAUGUAGUUUUUGAAUACUUAAACCAUAAAGCACGGCUCUAAAAAUAAUCGUUGUGCGACAAACAAGCGAAUUGGUAUGUUAUCCUGUUUAAAUAUGCGAGAAUCUGCAAUGAAACUCUAAAGUGUUAAUUGUACUUUUAAUUUAUAUUUAGUGAAAGGUAGCUGCAAAUGUGAUAGGCGGGGUGAGUUCUUCAGAAAUCCUUGUAGUUGUGUUGUAAUGAAAAAAACUAAAUUAUAUUGAAAGAACAAACUUCUAAAGACACCGAAAAAAGCUUGUUGGCGCAGCUCCAUUGGAGCUAAAAUGUGAAACUCACGUACAUAGUUGAAACCUCUUGCUCUCAUAGCUGAUUUUUAAACUGCAAAAUAGGUUUUCUCGAAUAUUUAUCAAAGCAUUGAUAUAUAUUAUAUAUAAUCAGAAAUCUUUUAAGCGUGUUUUCUUCGGCUUGUAAUGGUGUGAUGUCUGUAAUGUUCUCUUUCCCGUUACUAUGUGUUUGUAGUGGGGUGGGGGGGGGGGGGUGGGGAAAGAGGGGGAACUGCGAAACCUCGACUUAAAACUUAUACUCACUAUUUUCUUCGAAAAUAUAUGUGAGUUCCACAAAAUUUAGCAUACUUGAUACUUAUUCGGAGAACAUCUUUUUGUGAACCAAAUUUAAAGGAAGUAUUAGUCUAUAUAUAGUAGACUUUUUCAUUCAUGCUUCUCCACCGUCUUUUAGUGUCGUAUAUGCUUGAAUAUACUAAUUAGUGAUUGUGAGAGGGAUCCACAAUACAUUGUCGACUAUUGAAAAUUGCUCUCCGAAAAUCUGGAGUGCUGACAUACAUAUUCUGUUGAAUUGAUAUGCCCUAUUUCACAUUUUAUUCUUAAAGAUACCUUUGGGUAUCCUGCAGAAAAAUAGGACAAGUUAGAGAAGUCUUUAUGGUUCAGUUCACUUUUAACUGAACCCUACGUAGUUUUGCAUUACUUAAAAAAAAGCAUCUCGAAUAGGAAAUUGUUCCGAAUAUUUAGGAAAGAUUUCUGUCACACUCUGCCUUUUAGUACUAAACCUUCUUUGAAGCAAUAUGAUUCUAUCUUAAGCUGUUCCUUCCAAAGUGAGUCAUUUUUGAAAUACUAUCAACCUAUUGUAAAUCUCAUGAUGCUUUAUUAACUCAAGAUAAUACUUAAGAUAUGAUUCUAGAUAUCACUAAUUUCAUUGUUGACGUUAGUCAAGAGUCUACAUUGUUACGACGGUAAGUUUUCAUGUCUUUGUCUAACACUGAAUGCAAUUUGAUUGUUUAUGAAUCAUCCUAUCAUUGUCGAUAAGAGACUUUUACAAUUUUAGUUGGUUGAUUUCUUCAACAUUCUAUAAUUCGGCGUUGUUAGAAAAUUUACUAGUUUUAAGAGAAGUCAUGAUUAAGCAAAAACCUAGCCAUUAAAUUGUAAUACUUUCAAUGGAAGAAAGUGUCUUUUACCUUCAAAAAAAAAUGAAAAGCUUUAAAGGGCAAAAACUUGAAGUGUAUUGAAAGAAUUAAUACGAACCAAUUUUAGGAUCACUCAUGAACUCUUUCUUUAAAAAUAGUAGAAUUAGAGAAUAUAUGGCAUUUCAUGGACACUCAUAUAAAUAAUAGGUUCAUCGUUGAGUCAGUUAGUUUUUUGUUUAGCUCGUCUUUAUAUACUAAUAUCUUAUCUUUAAUGCUUUUUACUCGAGAAUUAAUUUUUCUAAUAACUAUAUAUUAAUGGUUGCUACAAUUUAAUUUUUGAACUUCUAAUACAUAAAACUCUAAGUCAAACAUAUAUUAAAUUAAUGCUGUAUAUCUCUGAGCACUCUUAAUGGUUUAAUUAUUGCGAUUGGAAAUAUUUGUUACUUAUUCACAAAUUUUUCUCCUCCGAAUAAUUUAGCUACGCUCAUUCUUUUUUGUUUCAGAUAAGAUGGAUUUAUUCAUUUAUUUUAGAUGACUUUGUACUUAAUCAAAUGAAAUAUUAAUCAUGUGAUUUGAAAUGUGACUGUGACGACAUAUUAAAAUGGAUAUCAAUAUUUAUCCAUAACCUAGAUUUACUCAAAUAAUCGUACCGCAACUUGUAGCAUAGACUAAAUUUUCAGUUUAUCUGUUAAGAUCAUCAAACUUGUAUUCUAUUUCCAUUGGAAAUGAUUCAUCCGUAGCAUACAGAAUGAAACCACUUAUAACAGUUCCAUGCAGAUAUACGCUUAGGUUAGUAGCUGAUGACUAUACAUCUUUGCGGAAAUUUAAAUUUUAAUAUUUUCUGCUUUCAGGCAUAUUUUCAGAUAAUAAAAUAGCGGGUGGUCGAAAAUUAUGCAGACAAAAUGUUUAUAGCUGAAACAUAUAUAUAUAUAACAGGUAUGAGAGGAGCCCUUUAUAAAUUGAUUACAUAGCUUGUCAUACCCUCUAUCUAUCAUAUUAAUUUGACAUCUUUUAAUUGAACUGUUGUUAUCAAAAUGAACCAUCUUCGUAAACGUGUGUUUUCUGUACUUGGACAAAAACAAAAAAUUUUAAAAAAUUAAUAUAGUGAAACAUUUUGAACAAGAAGGUUUUAAAAGAUCAACACUUUAUGAUAUAAUAAAACGUUAUGAAAUUGUUUUACCAGUUGAACAUCAUUCAGGAGCUGGUCAUCCACCAUAUUUUAAUAGAAACAAGUUGAAAAGUUUACGAAAUGUUGCUAUGAAUCGUGUUGAUGUCAGUCAACGAAAAUUAGCAAGAAAAUUUGGUGUCGGAAAACUUUUGCUCUGUUUUCUAGGACUUCCAAUUUUACAUCUGAUCGCAUAUGGAAAUCGAUGA